AUGGCACAUGCAACAGGUGAUGCUUCGUCUCCUCACCUAAUCGAUGGAUCGAGUGGAGAAGAACAGAAUCCACCCGUGAUUCAGAGUGAAGAGAAGUCUGGAGCAGGGAAGGGGACCGGAAGCGAGAGCGACUCACUCGCUACUGCAGACGAAGACGGAAAAUCAUCAGCCAAAUCACCAGAGGAUCUUGGAGAAGAGAAUCCGCUUCCCGACGAAGCCCAGGUUGAAUCGGUGGCACAAGAGGAGGUACACGAUGGUGCGAAUGAGCCCGAAGCAGAAAAUAAAGAAAGCCCUCGAGCCGAAACUAAAUCGCAAGAAGCCGAUCAACUGAGGGAGGGUAGAGAAGCCGCAUCGGAGACCCGAACAGAGGCUGAGCCCGAGGACAACGAAAGGGUGAUUUCUGAGAACGAAGAAGGAAGAGGUCUGCCAUCUGAGACAGACGAACGGCCAGAAGAGAUGUUGGUUCAGGAGCAAAUCGACGAGGUCAAAAGGAAGCAGAGCUUGGCAAUGGUGACAGUUCCUGCUGCAAAGCGAGCUCGGAAAGAAAAGAAAAGAACCACAUCCGCUGAAGCCUCAGAGCCAAGAGCUGAAUCAACCCCAGCCGCUCCUUGCCCAGAAGCUGAGUCAAGUCACGACAAACAGAAGAAGAAGAAGGCAAACCUCCGGAGCAAAAAGAGGGUUGUGUCUGAUGAACGAAUCCAGCUGUUCAAGGAUCGUCACAUCUGGUGGAAACGAGUUGUAGAUGUGGACGAAGAAGAUGAAUGGAAGUACCUUGAGGUACUUCGUGAGAGCGGAAUGCGGUGGACGGUGACAGAGCUCGAGCCCUACAUGAGCAAGGUGGUGCGAGAGUUCUAUGCAGGACUACCAUCAGAGUCACCGAGUGAUUCAUCUCAGGUCUUUGUAGUGAGAAUCAGGGAAGCUAAAGUCCGAAUUUCUCCAAGGAUCAUCAACGAGACCUUACGUCGCGAGCCUCUGACUGAAGCAGAAAGAAAAGAGUAG